AUGGCUCAAUCGUCGAAUUUGACAUGCUUGCCUUUGCAACGAUAUCUGGAGAGGAUCGAGUUGGCACGAAAGCGAUUGGUCGCCAAAUACAAGGUCGCUCGUGCUCUUCGAAAGGCAGAGAAGAGAUUCUGCAAGUCGAAUCCAGAAUAUGCUGAGACCCUUCGAUUGGACCAUAUACGCCAGAUCGACUAUCCAGUGCUCGAACGAGAGAACCGUGUCUAUCUCGACUAUGCAGGUUCUGGCAUCCACGGCGAAUCACAGCUGCAGCGGCACUUUGAACUGCUUCGCAGCAACGUCUUUGGAAAUCCGCACUCGAUCAAUCCGACGUCCAGUGCCAUCACCCGUUUGGACGAGCAGGCCAGAGCCCGAGUGCUGUCCUUCUUCAGGGCCGAUCCGGAAGAAUACAUCGUCAUAUUCACCGUCAAUUCAUCUAAUGCCCUUAAACUGAUUGGAGAAGCCUACCCGUUCACCGAGGGAGGAGAACUGCUGCUGCUCAACGACAAUCAGCCUGCCGUACUGGGGCUGCGGGACUUUGCCGGGGGACGAGGCGCGGCUGUCUCACAUCUACCCGUCAAACAACCUGAGCUGCGAUGCGACGACGAAGCGGUAAAGGCCGCCCUAAAACGCAAGGAGAGCACUGGUGAGACUCCCGCACGACUCUUCGCCUUUCCCGCACAGUCGAACUUUACUGGUGUCCAGCACCCUCUCGAGUGGAUUGGGGCCGCUCAGGAGCAGGGAUGGCAUGUCUUAUUAGACGCAGACAAUUAUGCACCGACAAACAUACUAGAUCUCUCUCGCUGGCACCCGGACUUUGUGACCGUCUCCUUCUACAAGAUGUUCGGUCACCCAUCCAGCGUUGGCGCCGUCAUGGUUCGCAGAGAGGCCUUUGCCAAACUCGGUCGUCCUUGGUUCGCCGGAGGCACCGUCUGGGGAAGUUCAGUCCAGGCUAACGGACACAUGUUGCUGACGGGCAACGAGGGCUUCGAGGACGGUACCAUCAACUUCCUCUCUCUCCCUGCCAUCCGCAUUGGCCUCAAUCAUUUAACCGGUAUAGGCAUGGACAUCGUCCAUGCCCGCGUUACUUGCCUUACCAGCUGGCUGCUCAAGGAACUCAGUUGCCUAACUCAUACCAACGAGGAACCGCUAGUAGUAAUCUACGGACCAUAUACAACUGACCUGCCCCGGGGCGGUAUCAUCGCACUCAACUUCGUCGACAUGAAGGGCUGUCUCGUUGACGAAGGGUUAGUGGCACGACUUGCCGCCGCACAUAACAUCUCCUUGCAUGUUGGAACCGCCCUCCAGCCGAGCACAGGAGAAACGACUACCCUAAAGCCCGGUUCAUCAGACGCUAUACAAAAGGUAUCUGUCCGGAGUAAACCGGUAGAAAAGCGACGAGAGAGCGACGGUUCAUUUAGUGAUAUCGGUCUUCCGACUGGUGGCUUCAUUCGCAUCUCUCUUGGACUGGCAUCCAAUUUCUCUGAUGUCUUCAAGUUCGUUCAAUUUGCAUUGACUUUCAUCGACAAAAUCCCUGUUGACGAUGCUACGCUUUCUUGA